UCGCCCGGCAAGCGAAAGACCCUCGGGUUCGAGUCCCGGCCUAGUAGCAGAACCGCGCUCUCGAUAUUUUUCUCUUUCUGGAACGAAAAGAUACGCAGAUCUCGAACGCACGGCGUGCCGCCACCACCUAGUGUGCCCUUCUCCUUCUAUACGAUGCUGUAUAUAUUAUCACGGCUGUCAACUCAUCUAUAAACACAAUUUGUUUAUUGCGCAUUUCCUUCUCUUGAGAACACAAAGGAUGAUUUCUCGUGUUCUGCUCUAUUUUCUCUGCACACUACGGGCUUCCUCGCUUGCAGCAGGUCUAUCGAUUUUUCGCGAUGUAGUGUCCGAAAUGAAGAGAAACAGACGUCUCCUUCCCCCAUCGAGACGGAUCAAGGAUUUCUACAAAUGAUUAAUGCAAUGUUGUGUCGUCGCACUUCACGAUGGAUCCGUCGCAUCUAGAUAAGGCGAUAACAAUAAUUGUUGAACAAACGCCUUGUAUUCCACCUCCUCGUCCUUUCGUCUCCCGGACCUCGUGGUAAAUCGAUAGCGCUUCAAGGUAACCUGCAGCGGUGCUAGUCGCUCAGAUAUAAUCGGAAACGAUUCUUUUCUUCCACUCUUCGCUUUUCGCGUCUUUCCAUGUGGUGGGUAAGUACCGCCCGCGCCGUUACCUACUUUAACGCGCACACCACCCGCUACCCCACCAUCCGUACUUACGUUGGUGACGAGCGAAUGAUGUAACAUAAUAAAGUCCAGCCGGAUUAUAAACUUGAGCGAGUUUUCCUUGUCGUGAGACGAAGACCCACGGAGCCGUCGUCAGUCGCGUCACAGUCCUCGUCGUUGUCGCCGCGAGCUUGCCGGUGGCUGAUAACAGAUUCGCCGAUUCCUUCGACGAACCAUUCAGCGCCUGACACCGCCCGCGACGAGUCUGAUUUGCCUUACCUUUAUGUGAAAAUCCAUCCGCGACACCCCUCGACGAGACACGUUUUCUGAAUCGUACAGGACGAAGAUAUGGCAUCCGCGAACGAAACGCGUAAAACCAAUUCGACGGACGGCUGCAAUAAGACCCGCAGGAAUACUGUUCCCAUAAUUCACGUUCGUGGCACCCAUUACGAGAUCGGUUUCGACAUCGGACGCACUUUUGCCAAGAUGAUCCAGAACUUUGUAGAUAUCUAUCCGCCGCUCAACGACACUUACCUACCUCUGUUCGCGACCGAGGAGGGCAAAAAAGUUUACAAAGAGACCCUUGACGCGGUGAAGAAACAAUUUCCACAAUAUGUGAGGGAGAUUGAAGGCACUGCGGAUGGCGCAAAUGUACCAUUCAGUAAGCUGUUUUUAAUGCAUCUCGACGAUAUUAUCUCAAAUGUCACCAGUGGAGCACAAGGAAUCGCACUUCCAAUCGGCUGCUCGACCAUUAUAUGCAAUCAACCGGGACAAGAAAUCUUGGGUCACAACGAAGACGCUCUCAGCGAGACUAUGAACCACUGGUAUCUCGUAAGUGCCCACGUCGUGGAGGCCGGCUACAGAGAGGAGAAGUUUACAUCACUGAGUUACGCCGGUUUCCUGCCGGGAUACACAAUGGGUUUCAACCAUCACGGCCUCGUUUAUAGCAUCAACACCCUCAGUGCCGCGGUCCUGCGUUCCGGCAAGACUCCACGAUAUUUCUUGACGCGGGCGCUGCUGGGAGUGGAGAACUUUGUGCAGGCACAGCAGACGCUUAGGAACGAGGGUUACGGUGCAGCGGAAGGCUUUUCAGUGAAUAUGACGUUUCUUGCUCAAGAGGGCGACCGGAUGUUUCACAACGCCGAAGUGGGUCCGGCCGAGGCGGACGCCGCCCGGUCGCAGCUCAACAUCUUGACUAUCAGCCCUGGCGAGAACACGUCGCAUUGUAACAAAUACCUACGGCUAAAGGUGGCCGAGGUCGAAGGAAGCAUUAUAUGUAGCAGCGAGAGAAGGAUGGCGACAAUCUCCAAGUAUCCACCAGUCGAGUGCCGUCAGAAUGUGAUCGAUAUCCUUAGCGAUCAGACGGACGACGAGUUCAGAGUCUAUCAAGAGAUCGAUCAGAAUGAUCCCAUCAAAACGCUCGCUACGGGCAUUUUCGACUGCGUCGAGAGAACAUGGUCAAUCUAUACGGACAAGCCGCAAUGCAACGAGCCGAUACUGGUGAUACCCAUGGAAUUACGGAAUCCAGUGGCACCAUACGCCAAAAUAAAGAAAUAAUUCCAUCCUUCGCUUUUUUCAUUUAGAAAGAAUUGUUUCCGUUAUCGGAAGAAAUUACACCGUAAGUGUUCCGGAGUAACUCGUAUUAGACGUAUCGCGUGCUACGCAAUAACAGUAUGUAAGAUUAAUACUUGUCAUAAUGUGUAAUUAGCCGAGUCUGUGCGAAAUUGUUUGCUGACUAAUGUCGGUGGAACCGAUAACAGAAAAGAAAAGAUUAAGAUCAUAUUCACAUAGAAGUUACGUAACGUAACGAUAACGUAAAUAACGUUACGUAACGUAACGUUACAUAACGUAAUGAGAUCGAAGAGAAUAUAAUUCGACCACGAGAUAUCAACGUCGAUAUAUACAAGUGUAAGACGGAUCAAAAGAAAAAUAUAAGUAGAACACAUAAAAGUGAACAAAAAUUGUAUAGGUCAUUUUUCAAACAACCACGUAAAAUUUCGAGAUAUUAAUUAAAAUAGUUGAGCAU